AUGAGGCACUGCAUUAGCCGGGUCAGCUUUUUGAAGGGAGAACAUAAGUCAACCCAUGUCCUGGGUGAGCCUUGCAGUGGGAAAAUCCUAGAGCCUGGCAUGCUGGAGAAGCUUGUGAAAAACCUGGUGCCUUCCCUGCAGAGAGGGGAUCCCUUCUUUGUUCCAGCCUUCCUGUACGCCUACCGAAGGUUCUCCACUACUAAGCAGGUGCUGGAUCUGUUUUUUAAAAGGUAUGGAUUCUUCCAUGAUGAUUGUGAGGAGGAUGAGCAAAUAAAGAACCUCAUCUGCUUCUUCCUCGGGAUGUGGCUGGACAAGUAUCCUGAUGAUUUCUGCAAGUCUGAAGACCUGGCCAUCUUGAAUCAGUUGAUGGCCUAUCUGCUGGUCAACAUGCCUUUCUCAGAACUGACAGUUCGUGUCCACCGUCUGUUGACUCAGCUAGAGGACUUGGAAUCAACUGAUACACAGCUCAAGCACAGUGAGGAGACCUUCAGUAAGUGGCUUAUAACAGGGGAGGAGGUGUGGGUACUGGCCCUGACCGGGAGCAGACUGAAGAGACUGGUGUUUUUUGCCACUAGACAUCAGUUUACCCCAGUCUGGGAAGAUGUCCUGUUCUUGG